CAGUUUGAGGUUCUCAUUUCUUUCAUGGUCUCCAUUGUGCUCGUAAUUGUUGCGAUUAUCUGGGCUUACCUAACCGAUGGAUUACCGAGAAAGUGUUAUAACGAAUUUGACAACUUCCUGCUUGGCCGGAAGAGCCGCAACGGAGACAAGAGGAGAGUUCGAGUGUUCCAGAGCUUCAUCCUGGCAUUGAGUGAUCAAAAACUUGCUUCAGGCCUCGCCCUUGUGGUUGCCAUAAACGUCAUCAGAAAUGGCGUCCACGACCUCGACACGAAAAUAGGAGCAUACUCGUAUAGUAUCGCUGUCAUUCUGGCCUUCUUUUCCUGUAUUAUACACCUGGCAACCGUUGCUGCCCUCCGAGACUAUCUCCGUGUCCGAGGCAUUUUCAAAAACAUAAGGGUCGCAAUUAUGAUCUGCAUCUUGGCUCUUCUCCUACAGAGUCUCGGGGAGACUUGGACUAUGGACGAGACUGUGACGUUGAGCGGCUACGUCCGCAGGAUACUGGACCUCUACCUUCGGGAUUCUCAAGGUGAUCUUAUGGCAUGUGAGAGAACACUCUUUGCGAAGACAAUUGGGUGGCCUACUUCGUCUCAAGAGGACCUUCUGGACGUCAAGCAACGGCUUGCUUCGAAGUUGUCAGGUACGACUCUGAGCACAGGCAAAAUUUUGCAGCUUUUCUUUCUUGUAAUCCCUCAGAUUUUUGCGGGAUCAUUUAUGUUCGAGAUUGUUUGGCUGAUUUUCUAUUUCGUGUUUGGUCUAGCUCAGGUGAUAUUUUGGCUAACCUCACUUGGUUCUGGGUUUGUCGGCGUCAAUUUUGAGCCAAGGUUUGGACAGCUUCUUCCACUUGUUUUGCUGGUGCUUCCCUUCCUGGCCAUAGCCGAGGGCUACUCUGACCUCGAAAAACAUGGAAGGAAGGAACAUCAACAGGAAAGCAGCACCAGCCCAUCAUCUGGGCCUCCUCCCUUGUCUGUACCGGAAAUCCACGCAGCAGCAACUGAAGAAGGACCCAAUGACCGCCAUAUAACCACACUCGACACGUCAGAGUCGGAGUCGCAAGAGAAUGAUAGAUACUCAGCCUUUUUAACAAGCUGCAAGAGACAUCGCACCUUCACGAAGGCUGGGUCUUGGAUAUUUGUUAUCUUGUAUCUUUUGAUUUGCUUAUACAUAUCCCUCGCGGUGGGCGAACUCUUCACACGCCAGAUAGGGUGGGGGUUUUCAGAUCUUAUGAUUGUCCUUGCUUUCAUUAUGGCUGGUCUCUCGGUCCUCACCUCGUUGGCGGUCCGCCUUACUCAGCUUUGGAAAUUACGGAGGGAACUUCAGAGAGUCCAGCGUGACAAAGGUGCAGCGUAACGGACUGGAAUUGAUAUACCCAGAUGACAAAGGUCAUAAUAGGUUCUGAAAGUAGCCAACAAUCUGGUCACGAAUAAGUUGAAAGAGCUUCAAACGCUACUGCGCUCUUUGUUCUAGAGGAAUAAUCUUUAUAGAGAUCUGAGUCACUCGAGAAUUAAUUUUAUUAGCUUUAUUAC